AUGUCAUCAAGCCUCAUCUUAGGUUCAUAUCUCUCAUUGAGGCCUUUUAGAGAGAGAGAGAGAGAGAGAGAGAGAGAGAGAGAGUUAGAUGGAGCUCACACAACAUGGCUUCUUGGAGGAAUUGCCAGCUCCGAGACGAGACAGUUGGACAACUUUUACCGCUGGAGUGACUGAGUUCCUCCCUAAUGGAUGGAAUUUCGAUUCUUUUGAUGAAAACCCAACUUUGGCUACACCAAAUCCUUCAUUUUUAGGAUUCUCAAUGUCAGCAGAACUUGGCUUUGAAUGUCCUCCUAGUGAUCAGCCCUACCCUCUUAUUGAUGGAGUUACAGUGCCAGAAAUGGAUUCAUCGUACGUCCAAAAUGACACUCUAUUUCCAGCUCAAGAAGACUACCCAUCAAUGGUGGAUGAUGAAGAGCUCGGUCUUCUCUACAGUGAUCAUCAUCACAGCUUGGAAGAGAGAAAUGAUAGCUGCAAAGCUGAGGUGGAACAUACCAGCAACAUUCAAGUUUUUAGCAUGGGUUUUUGUGGAGAGAUAAAGACCAAGGGAAAGAGAUUACCAGGACAACCCUCGAAGAAUCUCAUGGCAGAAAGGAGGAGAAGGAAGCGACUAAAUGAUCGCCUCUCAAUGCUCAGGUCAAUAGUACCUAAAAUCAGCAAGAUGGACAGAACAUCUAUACUUGGAGAUACCAUAGAUUACAUGAAGGAACUUCUUGAAAGGAUCAAUAAACUGCAAGAGGAAGGGACAGAACUGGGUUCAGAUCAAAUGAACUUGGGUAGCUUGAGGAAGGAGAUAAAGCCAAAUGAAGUAAUGGUCAGAAACUCCCCCAAGUUUGAUGUGGAAAGGAAAGAAAUGGAUACCACAGUUGAGAUAUGCUGUGCAGCGAAGCCAGGAUUGUUACUAUCAACAGUGAGCACGCUGGAAGCACUAGGCCUUGAGAUUCAACAGUGUGUAAUUAGUUGCUUCAGUGAUUUCUCAAUGCAAGCCUCUUGUUCAGAAGUUGCUGAGCAGAGGACAUUGACAAGUUCUGAAGACAUAAAGCAAGCAUUAUUCAGAAGUGCUGGCUAUGGAGGAAGAUGUCUUUAAAAAAAUGGGUGGUAAAAAAAACCAACAAAGUCUGAAGAGAUGGAUGUUCCUAAAUCUAUUCUUCAAUGAACUGUCCGAAGCAAGCUGGUAGUAACUUUUUAUUUCUAAUAAGCAUUGUUCAUUCAUCAGAACAAUCUGACACCCUUAUUAUGGAUUGAUGUUAUGCAACAUCUUAUGGUGUAACUGUGUAUUUAGUUCCUCAUCUAUUAUGCAUGAUUGCACAUGGACUUAAUAUAUAAUAAGAAUAAGAAUGUUUU